AUGGAGACCGAGGAUGAGGAUUACUAUGAAUAUCUCAGCAUGACAGCUGAGCAGGACAAGAACAAACGUGAAAUGUUCCUACAGUUUAACAAAAUCUUCUUAGUUUGCAUGUAUUCAGUUACAUGUAUCGUUGGGAUAUCAGGGAACUCUUUGGUUCUUAUCGUUCUGAUUUUCUAUGAGAAAGUGAAGGUGCUAAGUGACAUCUUUUUAGUGAGCUUGGCUAUUGCUGACCUGUGCUUUCUUUGUACACUGCCAUUCUGGGCUUAUAUGGCAGCUGACGAAUGGAUAUUUCACACUUUACCAUGUAAACUCAUCAGAGGCCUUUACACAAUGAAUCUGUAUGGGUCCAUGCUCACCCUUACUUGCAUAACGAUUGACAGGUAUUUUGCGAUUGUCCAAGCUACUAAAGCCCAUGUCAGCCAAGCCAAAAGAAGAAUCUGGGGUACUGCAGCCUGCAUUUUAGUUUGGGUGAUUUCUCUGGCAUUUGCUAUGCCGCAAUUUAUAUUUAGUAUUGAAGCCUCUUAUGGCAAAAAGGUAUGUCACUCAAGUUAUCCUUCAGAAGACGCACACAAGUUCACAGAAAUAAUACAAAUGGUUCUUGGAUUCCUCCUUCCCAUAGUGGUCAUGGUUGUUUUCUACUCUAUCAUUGCGAACACUUUAUUCAAAGCAAGGGGCUUCCACAAACACAAAUCCUUGCAAAUAAUAUUUGCAAUUGUGGUGACAUUCAUUCUGACGCAGACCCCCUACAACAUUUUGAAAAUCACCCGUGUUGUGGACCAGCGUGUUGCUAUGGAUUUCAGUUUUGACUACGGCUUGGUCAUAACCGAAGCAAUUGCCUAUUUCCACGGUUGUCUUAAUCCUAUUCUCUAUUUCUUUAUUGGUGUGAAGUUUCGGAAGAACUUGGCAAAAAUUCUUAAAAAAUUUGGAUGCAUUAAACAACAGAUCACAAAGCAAGGACAAACAACUGACGAGGAUAUCUCAAAAACCUGUACUGACACACAUAACAUGGAGGAAACAAGCAUGUAUCAAUUGUAA